AUGCCUGUUAUAACGAGUUUAAGAAAUCCCUCAUUACGUGCUAGACAUUGGGAAACUAUAGAGAAAAUAAUAGGAAAAGUUAUUAUUAGAGAUAAAUCUUUUACACUUGGUAAUCUUAUGGAAAUGAACAUAUUUAAGCACAAAGAUAGAAUUCAGGAUAUAUCCACCACUGCCAGUAAUGAAGCUACAUUAGAGAUUAUGUUACAGAAGAUUGUUGAUUUAUGGCAGAGUACAGAUUUCCGUCUGGUAGCUCAUGUAGGUAGAGAUACUCUGAUUAUAGCUGGUGCUGAUGAUAUUAUGGCUCAAUUAGAGGAGAGUCAAGUUACAGUGGGAACUAUUAGAGGUUCUAGAUAUGUUGGUCCUAUAAAAGUUCAAGUAGAAGAAUGGGAGAGAAAAUUACAAGUGUUUUCUAGGACGUUAGAUGAAUGGUUAAAUUGUCAAAGAAAUUGGUUAUAUCUAGAACAAAUCUUUAGUACUCCCGAUAUUCAAAGACAACUACCGAAUGAGUUUAAGUUAUUUUCUGGUGUUGAUAAAGCAUGGAAAGAUGUUAUGAGAAGAGUUGAAGAUAGACCUAAUGCUUUAAAGGCAGCUAUAGCUCCUGGUACCUUAGAAACAUUGUCAUCUUGUAAUGCUAAUUUAGAGAAAAUACACAGAUGUCUUGAGGAUUAUCUAGAAACCAAGCGUCUAGUAUUCCCCAGGUUUUAUUUUCUCAGUAAUGAUGAGUUAUUAGAUAUACUAGCUCAAUCUAAAGACCCACAAGCUGUUCAGCCCCAUCUUGGUAAAUGUUUUGGUAAUAUUAAACAGUUAGAUAUAAGACAUUAUGGAUUAUAUUGUAGAAAUAUUCGGGCUAGGGGACCUGUUGAACAAUGGUUAGGUACAGUAGAGUCUGGUAUGUUUGAAACUGUCAAGAAAUAUUUAAAGCUAGGUUUAUCUGACUGGCUAGGUUGUGAUAUACAAGACUGGGUAGUAAAACAUCCAGGACAAGUUGUUUUGACAGUAACGCAGAUUAUGUUUAAUAAAGAAGUAUCAAAAUGUUUUGAACAAGCGAAUCCUCGUCAAGAAUUGAUCAAAGUGAAAGACAAUAUGGUGGAAUCAUUGAAUAAAUUUGCAGGAUUGGUAUCUUCUAAUAUCUUGUCCUAUCAGAGGAUGAGUAUAGAAGCAUUAUUAACAAUUACUGUACAUAAUAGAGAUAUAGUCAAUGAAAUGAUCUCCUUUAAUGUCAAGAAAAAAGAAGACUUUGAAUGGAAAAGACAAUUGCGUUAUGAAUGGGACGAGCAGACCAAUAACUGUUUGGUGCUUCAAUCUAAUGCAUCAUUUCAAUAUGGAUACGAGUAUUUAGGCUGUUCACCAAGAUUAGUUAUUACACCAUUAACAGAUAGAUGUUACUUAACAUUAACUGGUGCUUUACAUCUUCAUCUUGGUGGUUCACCAGCUGGUCCUGCUGGUACUGGUAAAACAGAAACAGUUAAAGAUCUGGCCAAGGCUAUGGGAAAACAAUGUGUUGUAUUUAAUUGUUCUGAAGGUUUAGAUUAUAAGAUGUUAGGAAAGUUUUUCUCAGGGUUAGCUCAAUCUGGUAGUUGGUGUUGUUUUGAUGAAUUUAAUCGUAUUGAUGUAGAAGUUCUAUCAGUCGUAGCUCAACAGAUUCAUACUAUUAAAGCUGCUAAAGACACCCAAUCAUUACGCUUUAUGUUUGAAAGUCGUGAUAUUAAACUCAAUAUGAGUUGUGGAUACUUCAUCACCAUGAAUCCAACAUAUGCUGGUCGAGUAGAUCUACCAGAUAAUUUGAAAUCAUUAUUCCGUCCAGUAGCUAUGAUGGUACCAGAUUAUGCCUUGAUUGCUGAAAUCAUCCUAUUUUCUGAAGGUUUCCGUGAUGCCAAAUCUUUAUCCCAGAAAAUAGUCAAUCUAUAUCAGUUGGCCAGUAAACAACUUUCACAACAAGAUCAUUAUGAUUUCGGCAUGAGAGCUAUAAAAUCAGUUUUAGUAAUGGCUGGCCAUGGCAGACUAAAACCAUUAAAAGAUGAAGAAGAAUCCCAUAUAAUGAUUCAUUCAUUGCGUGAUGCCAAUUUACCCAAGUUUUUAGCAGAAGAUGUUCCACUAUUUGAGAGUAUUUUAGCUGAUUUAUUUCCAGGAAUUGUACCACCUUCUCCUGAUCAGGGUGUUCUUGAGAGAGCUAUAUCAAUGGCUAUAAGAGAUCAGAACCUGCAGCACUGGCCAAGUCAAAUGGAAAGAGUGAAACAGUUACAUAGUCAAAUCCUGGUACGUCAUGGUGUAAUGCUGGUUGGCCCUACCGGUGGAGGUAAAACAACUGUCAGAAAUAUCUUACAGAGGGCACUAGUAUUAUUACCUACCAUAACCCCCCAGGAUGAUCAUAAAGGACAUGUGGAAACUUUCACCUUGAAUCCGAAAUGUGUAAAACUUGGUGAAUUGUAUGGUGAAACUAAUCCAGUAACAUUUGAAUGGACAGAUGGACUUAUUGCGUCUGCUACAAGAAAAUUUUAUAAAGAUUUAAAUAUAAUUACCAAUUGGAGAUGGAUUGUAUUAGAUGGUCCUGUUGAUACAUUAUGGGUUGAAAAUCUCAAUACAGUUCUUGAUGAUUCUAAGGUGUUAUGUUUAGCUAGUGGAGAGCGUAUUAGUUUAGCACCUGGUAUGAGAUUAAUAUUUGAAGUAGAUAAUUUAUCACAAGCCAGUCCAGCUACUAUUAGUAGAUGUGCUAUGGUCUAUAUGGACCCAGUAGAUUUAGGGUGGCAGCCAUUUGUAAAGAGUUGGUUGUACACUGCACUACCUAAAGAACUGCCAGAUAGUGGUAAAAGCCAUCUGUUGAAACUUUUUGAACAUAGUAUCGACAAGGGACUGAAAUUCCUUAAGAAAUAUCAGAAGUUUCAGACUAUCAUGGUACCAGAAAUGAGUAUAGUAUCAACAUUGUGCCACCUGUUGUCAGCCUAUUUUGACUAUAUGAGUAAACAUGGAGGAUUUGGUAAUCCAGGUAUGAAAUCACCAACACAGCUAUUAAAUUUUCUUGGUAAACUGUUUGCAUUCUGUUAUACAUGGAGUUUUGGUGGUAUAUUACAUGAAAUUAAUAUCUGUAAUGAAUUUGAUAAUUUUAUGAGAGAAGUAUUUGAAGUUGAACCACCAGUUGGCGUGCGUCUGCCAGCUGGUAACAGAAGUAUGUAUAGCUUUUUUUUAAACAUGGAGUCUGGUUCAUUUACACCAUGGGAUGUCCUGGUACCAACAACUAAAUCACUGAUAGAAAAAGGAGCUAUGUUAACUAUAGGAGAGACUAUGGGAUUAAUGACUGAAAUUGUACCAACUGUUGAUAUUAUACGUUUCUCAUUUCUAACUAGUUUAUUGUUACUACAGAAACAUCCAGUUCUUAUAACAGGUGAUUCUGGAGUAGGAAAAUCAGCUUUAAUAAACAAUAUGUUAAAACGUCUACAGAAGGAAGUUAAACCUAAAAUACAAAGUGGACUGUUGAGUACAACCAUACAGUUCAGUGCCCAGACAAGUUCAGCUCGUCUUCAAGGUCACAUCAUGCACAAAUUGAUCAAGAAGGGUAAAGAUGCUCUUGGUGCUCCUAAAGGACGAAAGGUUGUUGUGUUUGUGGAUGAUCUGAAUAUGCCAGCUCCAGAACAGUAUGGUGCUCAACCACCUCUAGAAUUACUCCGACAGUUUCUGGAACUUGGUGGAUUUUAUGACACUGCUAAAUUACAGUGGAAGGACAUUUUGGAUGUUACCAUGGUUACAGCCUGUGGUCCUCCUGGUGGCGGUAGAAAUCCUACAAGUCCUAGAUUAUUAAAACAUUUCUGUAUAUUUGCUUUACCAACACCAUCUACUAGAUCCUUACAGCAUAUUUAUCAAGUUCAGUUAGGCAGGUUUAUCAUUCAAGAUGGUGACUUUAUGCCAGAAGUUCAAGAAUGUUUAUUUUCAAUGGUAUCUGCUAGUAUAGCUAUAUACUAUAGAAUGGGAAGUACUAUGUUACCAACACCCACCAAAUCACACUACACUUUCAACAUUAGAGAUCUCUCCAAGGUUAUCCAAGGUUUAUUACAAGCUCAUAAUUCAGUUAUUGUCAGUAAAGAUAAUUGUGCUCAGUUAUUGGCUCACGAAGCUACCCGAGUAUUCCAUGAUAGAUUGGUAGAUAAUACAGAUAGAAUGGCAUUCUUUGAUAUACUAUCAGAUAAUCUUCAUGAUUAUUUCAAGGUGGGUUUGAGCCUAAAAAAGCUACGUAAUGAACAGGUAUUAUUUGGAGAUUUCUUUGAGAUAGAUGAAACAGCUAACAGAAUAUAUCAGCCUCUAGCAGACCGUAGUAAAUUAGGCAAUGUUCUAGAAGAUUACUAUAUGAGAUUAAACUUUGGUAAUUCCAAAUCAAGUCAGUUGGUAUUUUUUAAAGAUGCUGUAGAACAUAUUGUUAGAGCAGCGCGUGUUUUCAGACAACCAGGAGGUCAUUUACUAUUGGUUGGAUUAGAUGGUACAGGAAAAUCAACUGUAGUACAUUUAGCUAGUCAUAUUGCUAGAUGUGAACUCUUCAGACUUUCUCUUCAAAAACACUAUGGAACAAUUGAAUUUAGAGAUGAUCUGAAACGAGUUUUCAAAAUAAGUGGUGUUAAAGGUCAAAAUACUGUGUUUUUAUUGGCUGAUUCAGAUAUUGUUAAGGAAUCUUUCCUGGAAGAUAUUAACUGUAUUUUAAACUCUGGAGAAGUACCAGAUCUCUUUGAUAAUGAAGAAUUAGAUGGAAUCACCAUGGAUUUGAAAAGUGCUGCUGCCGAAGCAGAUAUACCAGACACAAGAGUUGCUGUUUAUCAGUUCUUCAUACAACGUGUACGUCAAAACCUACAUGUUGUAUUAACAAUGAGUCCUGCUGGUGAUAAAUUCAGACAAAGAUGCCGAAUGAAUCCAGCGUUAAUAAAUUGCUGUACAAUAGAUUGGUAUGAUGAAUGGACUGAUGAAGCUAUGUUGAGUGUGGCUCAGGUUUUCUUUCAAAACACAGAAUUUUUAGCUGACCCAAGAUAUGACAUAGAGGUAGCAUGUGUUGAUAUCCAUCGUAGUAUAUCAGUUGUAUCAAGACAAUAUUGGGAAGAAAUGAGAAGACAUUAUUAUUCUACACCAUCAAGUUAUAUGGAGUUGAUAAGAUUAUAUUCUAUUAUGUUACGUGACAAUAAACAAGAAUUUGUUAAUAACAGAGAAAGAUUACAGAUCGGUCUAUCUAAAUUAUCUGAAGCUAACUCAUUAGUUGGUGAAAUGCAAGAAGAGUUGGUAACCCUGGGACCUAAAAUAGAAGAAAAAGCAAGGGAUACAGAAAUAUUAUUAGAACAAUUAGAGAAAGAUAAGAUAGCAGUAGAAGAAGUACAGCAGAUUGUUGAAGCAGAAAAGAACAUCAUGGAUAGAGAAACACAGAUAGUUCAAGAUUAUGCUGAUGAAUGUGAAUUAGAUCUAGCCUCAGUUUUACCAGCUCUACAAAAUGCUAUUGGAUCAUUAGAAACAUUAGAUAAAGCAUCUAUAUCAGAAAUUAGAGUUUACACACAUCCACCAGUGUUAGUUAAAACGGUUAUGGAUGCUGUCUGUGUUCUCUUUCAAAAAAGACCAGAUUGGGUCACAGCUAAACAGAUGUUAGGGGAUGCUAAUUUCCUUAAAAUGCUUCUUCAGUUUGAUAAAAAUGGGUUACCAGACAAGGUAUUUAAGAGACUAAAAAGAUACUCUAAAGAUCCUGAUUUUAACCCAGAGAAAGUGGGAAGUGUAUCAGAAGCUUGUAGAUCUAUAUGUGAAUGGGUAUUAGCUAUAGAACAUUAUAAUGAUGUUUAUAAGAUGGUCAAACCAAAACAGAAAAGAGUAGAAGAUGCUAGAGAAGCUCUGAAGUUAGCUCAGAAUAAUUUAGUACAGAAAAUGGCUAGUUUGAAAAAGAUUCAAGAUCAUUUAAAGAUGAUAGAAAGACAGUAUCAAGAUAGUGUUAAUCAAAGAGAGGGAUUAAAGGAAAGAAAGAAAACAACUGGAUUAAGAUUACAGAGAGCUUCAUUAUUGAUUAAAGCUUUAGAUGGUGAAAAGGUUCGCUGGGCAGAUUCUGUGAAGACAUUAGAUUUUAAGCUAGAAGGAUUAGUUGGUGAUACAUUAGUAGGAGCUGCAGCAGUAUCAUAUCUCGGUGCUUUUACUGCCACCUACCGUAAACAGUUAGUAAAGACCUGGGUUGAGAUGUGUCAAACAGUUGAUAUACCUAUUUCUAAAUCAUUUGAUCUAGCUAGAAGUAUGGUUGAUGACAAUCAGGUUAUGAAGUGGCAUAAUGAAGGUUUACCAAGAGACAACCAUUCUAAAGAGAAUGCCAUGUUUGUAAAGAGAGCAAGAAAAUGGCCGCUACUGAUAGAUCCUCAGGGACAAGCUUUAAAUUGGGUUAAGGAAAUGGAAGGUAGUAGAUUAAAAAUAGUAACAGCUACAGAUCAUAAUUUGAUGAGAACAAUGGAAACUGCUAUCAGAGUAGGAGAUCCUGUUCUUAUCAAGGAUGUUGGUGAAGAGUUAGACCCUGCUUUAAGACCAGUAUUAUUACAAGAGACAUACUCUAGAGCAGGUCAUCUAGUUAUAUUGAUAGGUGAUACAGAGAUAGAAUACAAUGAAAGAUUCAGAUUAUAUUUAACAACUACUAUGACCAAUCCACAUUAUUUACCAGCCAUAUUUAUACAGGCUAAUAUUAUUAAUUUUACUGUUACCUUCGAUGGUUUACAAGAACAGUUAUUAUCAGCAGUGGUCAAACAAGAACGACCUAAACUAGAGAGUGAUCGUAGAGAUUUAAUGGAGAGUAUAACUAAUGAUAGACAAGCUUUACGUGAUUUAGAAGAUAAAUCUUUAAGUUUGCUACAAAAAUCAGAAGGUCAUAUUUUGGAUGAUCAAGAUCUAGUGGAAACAUUACAGAAGAGUAAAGGCAUUGCUGGUGAAAUAUAUAGUAGAGUUGAACAGUCUGAAGAAACAGAAAAGAAAAUCAAUAUAGCUAGAAAACGCUAUCUACCAGUUGCUACAAGAGGAGCUGUAUUAUAUUUUGUCUUAGCAGAACUAGCAACUAUAGAUGUCAUGUAUCAAUUUUCAUUAAGCUGGUUUCAAGAUAUUAAUACUAGAUCGUCAUUGGAUAGUGGUGAAAUUUCCGACAAUUUACGUCAGCAUUUAAAGAAUAUGAUAGAGACUUUAACCAAUAGUAUUUAUCGUGUUGUGUCUGUUGGUUUGUUUGCCCAUCAUCAGCUGACCUUCUCCUUUAUGAUCUGUACCAGUAUCAUGCAGUCUAACUCAGUGUAUGAAGAUGAUACCAUUACUAUGGAAUCAGAAGCUCAAGCUGGUGAUAAAACAUCAUUAAAACAUAAAACUUUACCAUCAUGGGUGCAUGAGAGUAUGUGGCAUGUUUGUCAGUAUUUAGAAGCUAUGGUACCAGGUUAUAAUAAUAUUUGUAGAAGUAUUAGAAGCUGUAAAGAACAAUGGGAAUUAUUUAGAGAUUCUGAUGAUCCUUAUACCUUGAUGAAAUCACCUGUCAUUUUAAAAGGUAGUUUUUUUUUUUUUGUGACUUCAAUAUGGGAUUUGAAGUUGAGUGAAUUUCAAAGACUGAUAUUAAUUCGAUAUUUAAGUUUUGAGACGCUUCCUGCAGCUAUAAAUAAAUUUAUCAAAACUCAACUUGGACCUGAGUAUUUAGCAACAGGAUCUUUUGAUUUGAAAGAAAUAUUUAAAGAAUCAACAGCUAAAACACCUUUAAUAUUUAUACUGUCACCUGGGUGUGAUCCUGCAGCACAGAUGAUAAGAUUUGCUAAAGAAUUACGUGGUAGUACUGUACAUCUAGAUAUGAUAUCAUUAGGUAGAGGUCAAGGUCCUAAGGCUGAAGAACUCAUUUCUAAAGCUCAGAUUUUAAAAGGAAGAUGGGUUUUCUUACAAAAUUGUCAUCUUGCAGCUUCCUGGAUGCCAAAAUUACAAUCUAUUGUGGAGAGCUUUAACAAACCCAGUGAUGAAAUGGACCCACAGUUUAGAUUAUGGUUAAGUUCUAAACCUGAUCCUUCAUUUCCUGUAUCAAUCUUACAAACUGGUAUUAAGAUGACAGUAGAACCACCUACAGGUAUCAAGAAUAAUAUGUUAAGAACAUUUGGUAGUGGUGGUGCUGGGGUUAUUACUGAAAAUCUGUAUGAAGGAGGUGCUUCUAGUCCAGCCUGGAGAAAGCUACUGUUUGGACUAUGUAUAUUUAAUAGUAUUAUACAAGAAAGAAAGAAAUAUGGUACUCUUGGUUGGAAUAUAUCUUAUGAAUUUAAUGAUUCAGAUUUAGAAGUAUCAGUAUUAAAACUUCAGAUGUUGUUAGAAGAACAAUCAGAGAUACCCUGGGCAGCCUUGAUGUAUUUAACAGGGGAGGUAACCUAUGGUGGUCGUGUAACAGAUGAUUGGGAUAGACGUUGUUUAUUAAGUUUACUCAGUAAAUUCUAUACGCCAGACGUAUUAAAAUCUGAUCAUUGUUACUCUGUAGACCAGGUCAGUUUAACAUACUUUAAGAUUUUAAAAAGUUACCAGAAGCUCCAAUGGAUCUUACCAAUAUACAGUGGGCGCCUGUUUAACCAGUUGCUGAUAACUGGGAAGCUCUAA